CAAAGUGACAGCAUAAUUCCUAAAGAUUCUCACAGAGAAGAGGCACACUCAAAAUCAAGUCCAGUUAUUCAUAAGAGAAAAAUGGGCUCAACUCGUAGACCUCUCAAAGAGAAUAAAGGACAAAGAAAAGAACAUGAUGAGAAAGAAAUCUUCAGUUUGGACAAUGAAUCUAGAUAUAUUGCAGCGAGUGUCUGUGACAUUUCAGAAUCACAAACCCUCCCAAAAACUCAAGCAUUGUCCCAGGAAGAUACUGGAGAUGCUGAAAUAGUGCCAGCAGAGGGAGACACAGAACGUCACUUAGAAAACAAAACAUUUGACUCAACAGCAUUUGAAGAAGCAACAGAAGAGAACAUCUGUGAAGCUAAUGUUUUAAUCAAAGAAGUUGAGUUUAUUGGAGAUACAGUUACAGUGGAGAGUAAUAUGACUACUGGGUCAGAUUUUAUUCAAAAUGACACUUCCUCUAAUGCAAAACAGGAAGCAUUAAUAGUAUCUGACAAUGCUGAGUGUGAAGUUCAGGAAGAUACAGAUGCAAUUCCCAAGCAAAGUGACACCACCAUCAUUCCUGAAGAUAUUCAGAGAGAGGAGGCACACUCAGAAUUCACAGUUAUUCACAAGAGAAAAAUGGGCUCAACUCGUAGACCUCUCAGAGGGAAACAUGGACAAAGAAAAGAAAAAGAACAUCAUGAUGAAAAUGAGACACCUGACAGUGAAGGUAUGAUCAAUGUAGAGAAAGAAACAAUUAGUUUGGAGGAUGAACCCAGUCUAGAUGAAUCUACAUUACAAAGUUUAAAAGAUGGAGCUAAAGAACAGGAGAUGGAAGUAUGCGAGAAGAAUGAUGUUGGUCCUGUUGAAGGGUCUAAAUCAGCAGACCUGCAGUCAUCAUGUAGUUCAGACUUAACAUCUGAGGAAUCCAUUGCAGUAAGUAUCUGUCACAUCACAGAAUCACAAACCCUCAUGAAACUGAAUGAAGAGUCCCAGGAAAAUGCUGGAGAUGCUGAAAAAGUGGCAGCAGAGGAAGACAAAGACUUACAAUUAAAAAUUGAAUCACAAAACAAAAUAUUUGACUCAACAACUAGUCAAGCUGAAGGAACAGAAAAGAACAUCAAUGAUGUUAGUGUGACAUUAGUCAGAGAAGCUGAAGUUAUUGGAGAUACAGGUACAGUGGAGAGUAAUAUGACUACGGAGUCAGAUUUUCUUCAUACUUCUCCUGAUGCACACAUCGAAGCAUUGAAAAUAUCUGAAAAUGCUGAGAAAGAAGUUUCAGGAGAAACAGACACAAUUCUUAAACAAAGUGACAUCAGCAUCAUUCCUAAAGAUUCUCACAGAGAAGAGGCACACUCAAAAUCAAGUCCAGUUAUUCAUAAGAGAAAAAUGGGCUCAACUCAUAGACCUCUCAAAGGGAAUAAAGGACAAAGGCAAGAACAUGAUGAGAAAGAAAUCUUCAGAUUGGAGGAUGAACCCAGUCCAGAUGAAUCUAGAUAUAUUGCAGUGAGUAUCUGUGACAUUUCAGAAUCACAAACCCUCCCAAAAACUCAUGCAGGGUCCCAGGAAAAUACUGGAGAUGUUGAAAUAGUGCCAGCAGAGGGAGACACAGAACGACACUUAGAAAACAAAACAUUUGACUCAACAGCAUUUGAAGAAGAAUCAGCAGAAGAGAACAUCUGUGAAGCUAGUGUUUUAGUCAAAGAAGUUGAGUUUAUUGGAGAUACAGUUACAGUGGAGAGUAAUGUGACUACUGAGUCAGACUUUCUUCAAAGUUCUGCUGAUGCAUUGAAAGCACACUCAAAAUCAAGUCCAGUUAUUCAUAAGAGGAAAAUGGGCUCAACUCGUAGACCUCUCAAAGGGAAUAAAGGACAAAGACAAGAACAUAAUGAGAAAGAAAUCUUCAGCUUGGAGGAUGAACCCAGUCCAGAUAAAUCUAGGUAUAUUGCAGUGAGUAUCUGUGACAUUUCAGAAUCACAAACCCUCCCAAAAACUCAUGCAGGGUCCCAGGAAAAUACUGGAGAUGUUGAAAUAGUGCCAGCAGAGGGAGACACAGAACGACACUUAGAAAACAAAACAUUUGACUCAACAGCAUUUGAAGAAGAAUCAGCAGAAGAGAACAUCUGUGAAGCUAGUGUUUUAGUCAAAGAAGUUGAGUUUAUUCGAGAUACAGUUACAGUGGAGAGUAAUAUGACUACUGAGUCAGAUUUGAUUCAAAAUGACACUUCCUCUGAUGCAAAACAGGAAGCAUUAAAAGUAUCUGACAAUGCUGAGUGUGAAGUUCAGGAAGAUACAGACGCAAUUCCCAAGCAAAGUGACACCACCAUCAUUCCUGAAGAUACUCAGAGAGAGGAGGCACACUCAGAAUCCACAGUUAUUCACAAGAGAAAAAUGGGCUCAACUCGUAGACCUCUCAGAGGGAAACAUGGACAAAGAAAAGAAAAAGAACAUCAUGAUGAAAAUGAGACACCUGACAGUGAAGGUAUGAUCAAUGUAGAGAAAGAAACAAUUAGUUUGGAGGAUGAACCCAGUCUAGACGAAUCUACAUUACAAAGUUUAAAAGAUGGAGCUAAAGAACAGGAGAUGGAAAUAUGCGAGAAGAAUGAUGUUGGUCCUGUUGAAGGGUCUGAAUCCGCUGACCUGCAGUCAUCAUGUAGUUCAGACUUAACAUUUGAGGAAUCCAUUCUAAUAAGUAUCUGUCACAUCACAGAAUCACAAACCCUCAUGAAACUGAAUGAAGAGUACCAGGAAAAUGCUGGAGAUGCUGAAAAAGUGGCAGCAGAGGAAGACAAAGAUUUACAAUUAAAAAUUGAAUCACAGAACAAAAUAUUUGACUCAACAACUAGUGAAGCUGAAGGAACGGAAGAGAACAUCAAUGAUGUUAGUGUGACAUUAGUCAGAGAAGUUGAAGUUAUUGGAGAUACAGGUACAGUGGAGAGUAAUAUGACUACGGAGUCAGAUUUUCUUCAAAUUUCUCCUGAUGCACACAUCGAAGCAUUGAAAAUAUCUGAAAAUGCUGAGGAAAAAGUUUCAGGAGAAACAGACACAAUUCUUAUACAAAGUGACAUCAGCAUCAUUCCUACAGUUUCUCACAGAGAAGAGGUACACUCAAAAUCAAGUCCAGUUAUUCAUAAGAGGAAAAUGGGCUCAACUCGUAGACCUCUCGAAGGGAAUAAAGGACAAAGACAAGAACAUGAUGAGAAAAAAAUCUUCAGUUUGGACGAUGAAUCUAGAUAUACUGCAGUGAGUGUCUGUGACAUUUCAGAAUCACAAACCCUCCCAAACACUCAUGCAGGGUCCCAGGAAAAUACUGGAGAUGUUGAAAUAGUACCAGCAGAGGGAGAAACAGAACGACACUUAGAAAACAAAACAUUUGACCCAACAGCAUUUGAAGGAGAAGCAACAGAAGAGAACAUCUGUGAAGCUAGUGUUUUAGUCAAAGAAGUUGAGUUUAUUGGAGAUACAGUUACAGUGGAGAGUAAUAUGACUACUGAAUCAGAUUUUAUUCAAAAUGACAUUUCCUCUGAUGCAAAACAGGAAGCAUUAAAAGUAUCUGACAAUACUGAGUGUGAAGUUCAGGAAGAUACAGACGCAAUUCCCAAGCAAAGUGACACCACCAUCAUUCCUGAAGAUAUUCAGAGAGAGGAGGCACACUCAGAAUUCACAGUUAUUCACAAGAGAAAAAUAGGCUCAACUCGUAGACCUCUCAGAGGGAAACAUGGACAAAGAAAAGAAAAAGAACAUCAUGAUGAAAAUGAGACACCUGACAGUGAAGGUAUGAUCAAUGUAGAGAAAGAAACAAUUAGUUUGGAGGAUGAACCCAGUCUAGAUGAACCUAGAUAUACUGCAGUGAGUGACAUUUCAGAAUCACAAACCCUCACAAAAUUUCAUGCAGAGUCCCAAGAAGAUUAUAAAGAUGUUGAAAGAGCACUAGUAGGGAGAGACACAGAACCACACUCAGUUCAAACCGAAAUCACAACUCUUAAUUCAGCCACAUUUGAAGGAGAAGGAACAGAAGAGAUCAUCUGUGAAGCUAGCGUUGUAGUCAAAGAAAUUGAGUUUAUUGGAGAUACAGUUACAGUGGAGAGUGAUAUGACUAUUAAGUCAGAUUUCCUUCAAAAUGACAUUUCCACUGAUACAAAAUCAGAAGCAUUGAUAUCUGAAAUUGCUGAGAAUGAAGGAAAAAAAGACACAAUUCCCAAACAAAGUGACGCCAACAUCAUUCCAGAGGUUCCUCACGGAGAGGAGGUACACACAAAAUUGAGUCUUAAUGUUCAGAAGCGAAAAAUGGGCUCAACUCGUAGACCUCUCAAAGGGAAUAAAGGACAAAGAAAAGAACAUGAUGAGAAAGAAAUCUUCAUUUUGGAAGAUGAGUCUAGAUAUACUGCAGCGAGUGUCUGUGACAUUUCAGAAUCACAAACCCUCCCAAAAACUCAUGCAGGGUCCCAGGAAGAUACUGGAAAUGUUGAAAUAGUGCCAGCAGAGGGAGACACAGAACGACACUUAGAAAACAAAACAUUUGACUCAACAGCAUUUGAAGAAGAAGCAGCAGAAGAGAACAUCUGUGAAGCUAGUGUUUUAAUCAAAGAAGUUGAGUUUAUUGGAGAUACAGUUACAGUGGAGAGUAAUAUGACUAAGUCAGAUUUGCUUCAAAAUUACAUUUCCACUGAUGCAAAACCAGAAGCAUUGAUAUCUGAAAUUGCUGAGAAUGAAGGAAAAACAGACACAAUUCCCAAACAAAGUGACGCCAACAUCAUUCCAGAAGUUCCUCACGGAGAGGAGGUACACACAAAAUUGAGUCUUAAUGUUCAGAAGCGAAAAAUGGGCUCAACUCGUAGACCUCUCAAAGGGAAUAAAGGACAAAGACAAGAACAUAAUGAGAAAGAAAUCUUCAGCUUGGAGGAUGAACCCAGUCCAGAUGAAUCUAGGUAUAUUGCAGUGAGUAUCUGUGACAUUUCAGAAUCACAAACCCUCCCAAAAACUCAUGCAGGGUCCCAGGAAAAUACUGGAGAUGUUGAAAUAGUGCCAGCAGAGGGAGACACAGAACGACACUUAGAAAACAAAACAUUUGACUCAACAGCAUUUGAAGAAGCAACAGAAGAGAACAUCUGUGAAGCUAGUGUUUUAAUCAAAGAAGUUGAGUUUAUUGGAGAUACAGUUACAGUGGAGAGUAAUAUGACUACUGAGUCAGAUUUGAUUCAAAAUGACACUUCCUCUGAUGCAAAACAGGAAGCAUUAAAAGUAUCUGACAAUGCUGAGUGUGAAGUUCAGGAAGAUACAGACGCAAUUCCCAAGCAAAGUGACACCACCAUCAUUCCUGAAGAUAUUCAGACAGAGGAGGCACACUCAGAAUCCACAGUUAUUCACAAAAGAAAAAUGGGCUCAACUCGUAGACCUCUCAGAGGGAAACAUGGACAAAGAAAAGAAAAAGAACAUCAUGAUGAAAAUGAGACACCUGACAGUGAAGGUAUGAUCAAUGUAGAGAAAGAAACAAUUUGUUUGGAGGAUGAACCCAGUCUAGACGAAUCUACAUUACAAAGUUUAAAAGAUGGAGCUAAAGAACAGGAGAUGGAAAUAUGCGAGAAGAAUGAUUUUGUUCCUGUUGAAGGGUCUGAAUCCGCUGACCUGCAGUCAUCAUGUAGUUCCGACUUAACAUCUGAGGAAUCCAUUGCAAUAAGUAUCUGUCACAUCACAGAAUCACAAACCCUCAUGAAACUGAAUGAAGAGUCCCAGGAAAAUGCUGGAGAUGCUGAAAGAGUGGCAGUAGGAGGAGAAACAGACCUACAUUUAGAAAUUAAAGCACAGAUCAAAACAUCUGACUCAACCAGUGAAGCUGAAGGAACAGAAAAGAACAUACAUGAUGCUAGUGUUUUAGUGAGAGAAGUUGAAAUUAUUGGAGAUACAGUUACAGUGGAGAGUAAUAUGACUUCUGAGUCAGACUUUCUUCAAAGUUCUCCUGAUGCAUUGAAAGUAUCUCAAAAUUCUGCGAAAGAAGUUUCAGGAGAAACAGAAACAAUUCUCAAGCAAAGUGACAUCAACAUCAUUCCUGAAGAUUCUCAUGGAGAGGAGGCACACUCAAAAUCAAGUCCAGUUAUUCAUAAGAGGAAAAUGGCCUCAACUCGUAGACCUCUCAAAGGAAAUAAAGGACAAAGAAAAGAAAUAGAACAUCAUGAUGAAAAUGAGACACUUGAAUGUGAAGGUAUGAUCAAUGUAGAGAAAGAAACAAUUAGUUUGGAGGAUGAACCCAGUCUAGAUGAACCUAGAUAUACUGCAGUGAGUGACAUUUCAGAAUCACAAACCCUCACAAAAUUACAUGCAGAGUCCCAAGAAGAUUAUAACGAGGUUGAAAGAGCACUAGUAGGGAGAGACACAGAACCACACUCAGUUCAAACCGAAAUCACAACUCUUAAUUCAGGCACAUUUGAAGGAGAAGGAACAGAAGAGAUCAUCUGUGAAGCUAGUGUUGUAGUCAAAGAAAUUGAGUUUAUUGGAGAUACAGUUACAGUGGAGAGUAAUAUGACUGUUAAGUCAGAUUUGCUUCAAAAUGACAUUUCCACUGAUGCAAAACCAGAAGCAUUGAUAUCUGAAAUUGCUGAGAAUGAAGGAAAAACAGACACAAUUCCGAAACAAAGUGGCACCAAAAUCAUUCCAGAAGUUCCUCACGGAGAGGAGGUACACACAAAAUUGAGUCUUAAUGUUCAGAAGCGAAAAAUGGGCUCAACUCGUAGACCUCUCAGAGGGAACAAAGGACAAAGAAAAGUGAGAGUAGAAUCCGAGGAAAAGAAUGGAGAUAUUGAAGUAUUGUCAGAAGUGGAAGACACAGAAACACGCUUAGAAAUUCAAAACCAGGAUAACGUGGUUGAUCACAAUGUGACACAAGAAAUUAUGAAUAUAAGAGAUAAUGAAGAUGAGGAGAAAAAGACCACAAAGACAGUGGACAUGUCAGUGCAGGAGCUAUGUGAUGAUUUGGAACUAGAGCAGAGACCAGAUGUAUCUCAAACACAAACUGGUCCAUCACAGGAUGAUACUGGCUCAUAUUUAUUACAGGUCCCAGAAAGAACUGCAGAUUUUGUUAGAGACAGAUUUGCCUGUAAGAGUCAUUCUGAUCUGGUCUUGUCUGAUGCCCUGCUUAUAGAGGAAACACAAAUUCAUGAGUCAUCUGAGGAUGUUCCCCCGACAGAGAUGGUUGAAAUGCAUCCAGUCUCCAAAAGGUCUAUGCAGAAGAGAAAAAUGGGGUCAACUCGGAAGAGAGGGAAGAGAAUGGUGAAUGACGAGGAGGUUGAAGAGAAAGAGGGGGAAACUGAAAAUACAACAAAUGAUGAUGGGACCACAAAGUCAGAGGAGAAUUUAACUAUUGAAGAAGCCAUUGCAGGAUCUCCUGUACACCAGCAACUGUUUAGUUCAUCUGCUGAUAAAGAAGGCCAUGAUAUUCAGGAUAUUGGUAGUAAAUCAGAUGUGCAGACAGAAAUCUCAGAACCAAAUGAUCCAAAUUCUACCAUAAAUCCAGAACUAUUGAUAGAAUCUGAAUGUUCUUCAAAUGUUGCUGCUGAGAUGGUUUCAGACCUUCCAUUGGGAGAUGCUGACACAUACUUAGGUCCUAAACAAAGUGUCAUUCCUAAAGAGUCUCUUAGAGAAGAUCAAUCAAGCUUGAAUCCAGUUGUUCAAAAACGAAAAAUGGGGUCAACACGUAAGACGCUCAGAGGGAACAAAGGGCAGGGAAAAGAAGUAGAAUCCAAAAAGAUGGAUAGAGAUAGUGAAGAAAUGACACAGGAACAGGAUACAGAACCACAUUUAGCAACCAGUGCAAGAAAAACUGAAUGUAAAUUUGAUGAAGAGGCUGAACAAAACUUCCCUGUUGAAUUUUCUUAUCCAGUGGCUUCUUCAAAAAUGUUCUCUGAAUCAGAAAAUGGAGUGAAGGAAGUUUCUCCAAAUAUCCAUGACCUAUCUGAGGUGAGUGAGGAAAAGGGGAUGGAAAGUACUGGAAAUUACAGUAAUAGUGAGAAUAAGGCAAUCAAUCUCUAUGACGGGACAAAGGACAAAUUUGUCUUGACAGUUAGUCACGAAGAUGUUGAUCAAACCGUGACUGUAGAUUACCUUGAUCAACAUGUUUAUGUAGGAUCAGAGCCUGAACAAACUGAAAACACAGGCCAUUCUUUUCCCACACAAGAACUAAAAAACACUCAGGAUGAUGUUGUUUAUGAAAUCAGUUCCACCCAAGAAAAGAGGCGAAAGAUGGGCUCAACCCGGAGAUAUCCUAGAGUAAUGCAUGGGGAAAAUAUGGCCAAUAAUGAAGAUGGACUUGGUGUGGCAGAGGAUAGAGAAACUAAGAAAGCAGAAGAUGAUUUGGAUGAUAUGCCUUUAGCAUCAAGCAUCAGUCAGUCCAAGGAAGUGUCUUCAGUCAGAACCACAGAUCUUGAAUCAGAAAUGUUAAGUAGUGCAACUGAUUUAAAAGGUGAACAUGAUCAUCAGAACAAUUCUGAACCCAGUGGACCAACAGUGCCUGAAACACCUGAAAAUACCCUUCAAAUAUGUGAUAAUCAGUUAGUAAAUGCUGAUGUUACCAAACAUCCACAGUCAGAGACUGUUACCACUGAGAAGAGAAGAAAGAUGGGCUCCACUCGGAAAAAUCUCAGAGAAGGAAGAAUACAAGGAAAAAGAGAUGGAUAUGAAGAAACAGAAACUACAGACACAAAUCUGCAGAUGUCUCAGGACUCUGAAAUGAGCUUAGGGGAACAAACAACUCACGAUUACUCUAAUCAGUCAGAGGAUUCACUUCUCUGUGAAUUAGAAAGAGCAUUAAAUAAGACGUCUCAACAUUCAAUGAGUAAUGAUCGGGAAUCAAUCGUCAAAGAGCCUAACCCUGAAGACUUAGUGAAUGCUUCUGAUCUUAAUAUGUCAGAAAACUCCGAAAUCAAAUCUCUCCAGCCGACACCAUUGGCUCACAGUGAACCCAACUCACCAGGAAGACGAAGAAGAAAAAUGGGUUCAACUCGCAAGAAUCCCAGAGAGCAGCUCAAAGCAGAAAGGGAGGAUGAAGACAAAGAGGAUGGGGAGAAAGAUGAGAAUUUAAAGACAGAUAAGCAAGAAAACAAGGAUCUUGAAAGAGUUGAGGUGUCUAUAGUGCAUAAUAUCACUGAAAACAAACUGAAUAAAGAGUAUCUUGAUGUCUCUAGUGCACACACAAGUAGCAGUCAGCUAGAAGAGAGCACUAACCCUGUUAGCCAAGAAAGGACGUCUCCAUCAACUAAAAGGAAGUUUGGGUCCAGACGCACUAAGGGCAAACAAGGCCUUGGUAGUCUAGCCGCUUCUGAUUUUGGGAAUGAAUUAGAAGAUGGAGAUCAUAAACCAGACAGCUCUGAGGUUGAGGACAAGCUAUGCAGUGAUGACUUAGAGGUUUGUGAUCCAUGCCUCACCUUACAACCAGAGAAUCAACCAAUUGCCCAUCCAGUCUCAGAGCAGAGGAACAUGGAAGCCAAAAAUGAAGAAGCUGCUCCAAAAGGCACUGGUGCUGGUCUCGUUUCUUUGGACCAAAUCAUGAAACAUGAUAGAAGCACUGGAGCUAAGCAGACUGUAAAUCUCAAGAACAGGAUUUCAGAUGCUGAAGUAGUUCAGUUUAACAUUGUCAUGGUGGGAAACAGCUGUGUGGGAAAGACUUCCUUCAUCAGACGCUUCCAUGAAGGGCAGUUCACUGAGGAUUACCGCUCCACUAUUGGUGUUGACACCUGUACACAGACUGUUGCUCUGCCUGACAGAACUGUUAAACUGCAGAUAUGGGACACAGCAGGACAAGAGAGGUUUCACAGCAUCACCACACAAGUGUUCCACAAGGCUGAUGGGCUUCUGCUCAUGUAUGAAAUCACAUGUUCAAAUAGUUUUAUUUCUGUACGGGAUUGGAUCUCUCAAGCUCAGAAAAGGGCUCCCGAUGAUGUCAUCAUGAUGUUGCUUGGAAACAAGAAUGAUUCUGUAAAGCGUGCAGUCCAGAUUCAGGAAGGGGCAGAGCUGGCCAGAGAGUAUAACAUAAAUUUCAUGGAGUGCAGUGCUGCAACUGGGGCGAAUGUGUCAGAAUCCAUGAGAACUCUUGCAGAGUUGUUAAUGCAGCGCAAAUCACAGAAGGAGAGACACACAACAUUGAGAAGAGAACCAUCACAGAAGAAAUCUGGUUGCUGUUGAAAACACACUCCCACACACACAACAUGCAUGACCAUUCAAAAGUUUGGGUUAGUUAGAUAUUUUU